AAAAAGCCUGACUUGUGCCAGGCGCAAUGCCUAGAAAAAUUAAUAACAGCUUCAGAAUCCGUGGCUGAAGUUCCACCUUCCAUGUCCUGUAAAAAUUACACAAGCCAAAUAUUAUAUAUGCAGUGUAUAAAAAAUGUUUACUUAUUAACUGAAACAUAUUAACUGUAAAAAAAUACUAGCUGAAACAUACUAACUGAUAAACACUUUGAAACAUAUUAAUUGAUAAACAUGCUGAAACAUAGUAACUGUAAAAAGUAAAAACUUACUGAAACAUACUAACUAAUAAACAUGCUGAAACAUACUAACUGUAAAAAAAAACAAUUGACUAACUGAAACAUACAUGCUGAAACAUACUGAUUAACGGAAAUAAGUUUAUUGAACAAGAAGAUUACUUUAGAACAAAAACAUACUGUAGAGUACAAGAAGGUGUUACACUUAGGCCUGGGACCGGUUCGGUUCCUAGGCCAAAUAUGUGGAACCGUUUGAAAAUAUGAAAUUUUACUAACGGUUCGGUUCUUAUAAAUUAUUUUAUAGAACCGAUAAGGAACCGAACCGUUCUUAACGGUUCGGUUCUUGUCAUUUAACGGUUUCUAGUCUUUGAAAAAAUUCUUACAAAUCAUGACUAAAUUUUUGUCAAAAAGACAUUCUACGUUUGAAAUUACGCUACAAAUAUGUUUUAACAGUUAAAGAGAACAAUAAUUUUAAAUACUUUGGACCUUCAAAGUUUCGACCCGCUGGAGUUUGGACCUAAUGAGAGGCCUAAGAAGCCUAAGAGAACCGGUUGAAGUAAAUAUUAGUUUUAAAUAGUUGAAUAACUAAACUAAAAUAAUGAAUGUAAUAUAAAAAUAAGUAAGUAAAUAUACAUUAGAAUAUAUAUACUCAUAAGAAAUAUAUAUAAUUUUAAUUAUUAUAUAUAAUGGUUCCUUAACGGUUCCUAGUACAUAUUUUUUUCAGGAACCGAGAACCGAACCAUUAAUAAAAAAUAGGAACCGAACCGUUAAAAAAUAACUAAUAAAUGGUGGAACCGAACCGAACCGGGUCAUAACGGUUCGGUCCGGUUCGGUUCUCCGGUUCUUGGUUCCAAAGUCCCAGCCCUAGUUACACUUUACUUACUGAAACAUACAAAAUAAGCUGUAGAACAAGAAGUUUAUUGAUAUAACUAAAAAAAUAUAUGCAAGAGUUUCCUACACAUGUUCACAGAAUACAGAGUAGAGCAACCAGAAUAUUUUUUUCACAUGUAUUUGUAUACAUGUUUAAGUUGUAGCUGCUGAAAAAUGAAAAAGUAUGAAAAAUGAAGUAUGUAAGAACUAAAACGCAACCAGUAUAUAUGUAUUUUUUCACAAGGGUACGUUACACUUUACACAUUUAUACACAAAAAACAUACUGGUAGCAUGUAAGAAGAAUUGAACAAGUAGCUGCUGAAAAAUGAAAAAAGAAAAAAUAUGGAAGAUGAAGGAGAAGAAAACUUACUUUGAUCGUUGAGUGCUGGACUGCUGCAAGCCUGGAGGGAAAGGAGGAUGUAGCGAACAGGUACAGUAGAACAGAGCAGAGUAAGGAGGUUUAUGUUAUGUAAUUAGAGUAGGUUAAGUUGUUUUGACCUUAUUAACAUGGGCUUUAGUAAAAAAAAGGGCUUCUUAAUGGUUUUUUUGAGCGCACGUGUGAAAGAGGACUCAGUAAAACCGGAAAUAAGCCCUCCCCUGUCAGGCAGAGUAAGCGAGCGCUUUAAAGCGCAUCUGCGCUUUGUGCGACUACCUGCAACUUAGAAGGUAAGGUGCGACUACCCAUCCAUAGGGCGCUGGACCUAUCUGUCGCUGCGCCGGGUGCGCUCUCAGGCGCACGAUUUUGAGAGCCUUGGUCUUAACAUAUUAUUGAAUCAGAUAUUAAGUAUAUUUGUAAAAUAUAAAAAAGCUUACCAAAAAUCUUAACACUUUCGGUGCCGCAUACGCAGGAGUGUAGACCGUCCCUCGAACAUUUUCCUUAGUUAGUGAACCGAAAUCACAUAGCUUUACGACCUUGUCCUUGUCCACUAGUAUGUUGGAACACUUAAGAUCGUUAAUCUUCAUCUUUAAUCCAUGGAUGUAUUCAACAGCACAUGUUAUUUGCCUUAAAAUAGACAACAGUGUUUGCCAAUCGAAAUCUGCACCAUUUUUAUUUUCAGUUAGACUAAAUUGGGUUUUCAGUGGAGGAUGAUUAAGACCUCAACAAUGCAGUAGAAUUUUAGUAUUAUAUUGAUGAAAAUUUCAAAAGGUAGUAACCUAUUACAAUGGUAGAAACGAGAGAUUAACGUAAGUUGAAAAUAACAAGUUUGAGCCUCUUUGGUAGGCCUCACUAUCCCAGUCUAAUCCCAAACUGAAUUCCAGCCUCCUAUCCUCCUUCCCAUUCUUAUAUAAAACAAAAGGGCCAGUCCAAUCAAGACUUACAUGACCCCGAACUGUUAUUAUUAUACAAUCACAAUUACUUAUUACUUUGUAUAAUAAUUCUGUUGUUGCUGUUGUUGUUGUUGUUGUUAUUAUUAUUCCUCACGACUAGAUUGUUCUGUUUGAUCUUUCCUUUCAAUAUCCUUCUCUGGAUGCACUGGCUGAGAUUUGAUCACACUGUCAGUGCUGCUAUUCAUUAAAAUAAUGUGUCCACCUCUGGUUAAGCACAAAGCAAGUUCUUCCCCACUUCCGUAUGAGUUUCCGCCUUCCCGUCUCACGGUGCUUUGAUGAAGAUGCAUCAGCUAGCCUCUCCCACGUAUAUCUUUUCACUAGGACAUAUUUGUUUCUAAAUCUCUCAGCAACUAUCUUGAUUCUUUCAGAAUAUAUGGAAAGUAAGGCACAAUCUGCUACAUCACACAAAACAAUUAUUUGCCUACGAGCAUCUUCAUCACACCUUGGGACAACCACCUUGUCCUCAAGGUGAUAGGAAACAACCCCGACCAUCGUCUUCAUUCUUGCGCCUCAUCCUUCCGGGUGCAUCACUGGUUGUGGGACCAUGAGCUUCAUUGCCCGGAAAAUACACUGAUUGUUGGGAUCUUUGUAAUUGUUUUGUUCCUCAUGACCAGAUUGUUCUGUUUGAUCUUUCUUUUCAAUAUCCUUCUCUGGAUGUACUGGCUAAGAUUUGAUCACACUGCCAGUGCUGCUAUUCAUUAAAAUAACGUGUCCACCUUUGAGUCACAGAAGCAACCAGAAAGCGCAAAUGCGCUUUAAAGCGCUCGCUUACUCUGCCUGACAGGGGAGGGCCUAUUUCCGGUUUUACUGAGUCACCUUUCACACGUGCGCUAAAAAAAACCAUUAAGAAGCCCCCCCCCCCCUUUUUUUAUUACUAAAACCCAUGUUAAUAAGGUCAAACAACUUAACCUACUCUAAACACAUAACGUAAACCUCCUUGCUCUGCUCUGUUCUACUGUACCUGUUCGCUACAUCCUCCUUUCCCUCCACAUCAACCGCAGAGGCUUGCAGCAGUCCAGCACUCAACGAUCAAAGACAUGGAAGGUGGAACUUCAGCCACAGCUUCUGAAGCUGCUAUUAAUUUUUCUAGGCAUUGCACCUGACACGAGUCAGGCUUUUUUGCGCCUUGCGCCUAAGGCGCUGGGAUUACCUUGUCGCCUUGAGUGCGCCUAACGCCUUUGACUACCUUGGUUAAGACUUGGUUGUUCUUGUUCGGCUCUGUUAUUGAACUUUAGAAUGAAAACAAGUUCUGAUAUAAUUAUUUGAAUUUUCAGGGGGACACUCAGAAAGUAGACAUCUUUAGUUAUGAAAUAGUAAUUCUUCAACUGGUAAUGAGAGGACAGUUGAUGGAUGAAAAUAAAAAGUCUGAGCAGCUCAUAACAAAUGCGAAACUCCAAUUGCAAAAAGGAUAUGUGGUUCAUAAAGGGAUAUUGGAAAAGGGUUAGUGCUCAGCGAUUGAGGCCACAAAAAUCAUUACUAUAGCUCUAGAAUGUGUUUAUUCAGUGGCAAACAGACGGCCAACAAUGUCCACAGUGAUUAAAAGUUUAGAAGAAAUCCAGAUUGGCAACCAGCCCAACAAAGAUAAGGAAAAGAGCAGCAAGAAAGAGAGCAAGAAAAAGGGCAAGCUUAAAAGAUGAGGAGAUUGUCAAGUUUUGCAAAGUCUUGAUGAGAUUCAAGACAAUUGAAGAAAGCAAGAUUGAAGCUUUAUCUUGUGAAGAGGCAGCACUCAAAGCUCUUCUUUCUGCUGCCUCAUGGGCAAUAGAGAGAGGAGUGACAAACUUCCAAACUUCCAGAUUGAGAUUGACGCAUACUAUUCCUAUCGUUACUCUCUAGACAUCCCAGCUACUCAAAGAUGGAUGGAUACACUCCAGGAGAUGAAAAAACUAAUCUUUCAAAAUAAUCUUGAAAUUGGCCAUUCACUUGGGGAAAAAAAUUGGACAGCCCGCCACUUGGCUAAUCCAAAUCUUUGUUAUGGGCCUUUUCCCUUAUUUACUGAUGUGGACACUCUUCCUAGAUCUGCUAGAAAUUCUUACUUUACAGAUCUCUUUGGCCUUUCCUAUUUUAGAUUUUACUCUUUUCAUUUGUUGUUUUCUUUCUUGUACUUCGAGAAGGUAUGCUUUAUCCGGUUAGGUAUUGGUUUGGUCCCCGCUCACCUUUUGUACUUCCUUUAUUACGUUAAUAACAUCUAGUAAUUAUUCUCUGUAAUAACCCCACCAAUUUUGGUGGUUUAGCUACCGGGAAUAUUAAAAAUAAAUAAACAAACCUUAAUGGCGAAUGUUAUAUUUUAACAUUCACUUAUUCACAUACUAGCUUUAUUUCUAUCGACUACACACUAUCACUUCAUUUUCUUAAGCCCAAAUCUGAUCUUCUAUCUCAUCAUUAGUUCAAGAGGACUAAUCAAACUGAUAGAGAGCAGGGGUUGUGCAGAAGAGGAGGGUCCGAGACCCAUGCCUAUGUCGGUUUACUGAGGUGGAGAUGGGCUUGAGCCCACAUUCGUGGGCUAGAUGCGGGCCAUUUAAUUAUUAUUUUUAUAUUUUCUUGAUAUGUUUCCUUUUUGGAGUUGAUAAUGAUUUCUAUUAUUUGUUUCCUAUUUGGAGUUAAUUAGGAUUUCAAAUAUUUUUUUCCUAGUGGGAGUUAAUUGGGAUCUCUAUUAUUCUACUUCCUAUUUGAAAUUGAUUAGGAUUUAGACGAUUUUGUUCCCAAGUUUGGGAAUUAUUAGAUUGUUAUGAUUCAUUCUUGGUUAUCGAUUAAUAAAAUUGGAUUUCAGUCUAUUCGCUUUGGGCAAUGAUUUCUACUGUUGAUUAUUUCUGGGUAGUGGUUUUUUCCGUUGAUUAUUAAUUUUCCGUUCUCAACAAUUGGUCCGACCUGCCGGAUCUUGUCCCGCUGGAAUGACGAGAUCUCACAGUGGUCGUUUGACAGAGAUGGAGGCCAAACAAACCCUAAAGAUUUAGAAACUAGACGGGUAAGGGAAGAUAUUGGAGGGGCAUGGCAUCCAGCUGACCAAGAUUGUCGCCAAAGCGCUCGCAGCUUCUGCGCACACGAGCAACAGUGGAUCGUGCAGCACCGCACUCGCCUUGCUUCCCUCAUUCGAUGGCGAAGACCUGAUCGGUUGGGUGCCUAGGGUUGAAGAGCAGUUAGAACUAAACAGGACCCCACCGCAAAGAAAAGUGGCAUCGGUUACGGUUGCCAUGAAAGGGGCUUCCCUAUAUUGGGUGACCUGGUUGAAAGCCGGAAACCGGGCAUGGUCUGAGAAGAAUUCAAGCAAGCAGUGGUGGCUCGGUUUGACUCCCGGUUCAAGGGCAGUCGGUUUGAACUGCUGUCUAGGGUCAAACAAAUGGGUACAGUGGAAGAAUAUAAUACCUUAUUUGUUCAGUUGGCCAGCCAAAUUCCCGAGCUGUCUGAUGAUCAUUACUUUGAGGUAUUUCAUGAACGGGCUGAAAGGACCAAUUCGUGGAUCUUUAAGAUUGUUGCGGCCAAAUAGUCUGGAGAUAGCAAUGGAAUUGGCCAGAGAUUGAGGACAAUCUGUCCUUUUAAGAUGGAGGUCGGGAAAGCCAAUUCUACAAAACAGAAUUGCGAUUGGGCAAUUUUUUUUGUCCAAGUAGGGGUAACAGCACGACUAUGAGUGGUGAAAGCAUAAGGGGAUCAAGGAGCUAUUUAAAGAUAGUAGGCAUCCCCCAAGAACAAAUUCAGGGUUGUUCGGGCAGUCUAUUGAACGCUCUAGGUUCACUCGACUUCCACCAAAGGUGUUAGAAGAAUUGCGGAAAAAAGUAUUAUGAUAUAGGUGUAAGAAACCAUUUAUGGAAUAGUGGCAGGGGUAGGGCUGAGGGUGAGAUAGUGAUCGUGGAAGGACUGGUGGAUGCCGGGUGUAUGUGUGAUGUGCUAAAUGCGAGUGUGGAGUGGGGUGGCAGUUAGUCAGGCGCGGUGUUGCGGGGACAGCCGCCAUUGUGGCAGCCGGCUAAGGCUGGCCACGAAAAACAAUCAUAGUAGUGAUAUCAUCGGUGGCUAUAGUGACACGGACGGUGGGUACAGUGAGUCAGUGGCACAAGUGGUGGCUACAGUGACAUGGGCGAUGACUACAGUGACACAGGCGGUGGCUACAGUGACAUGGGCGGUGGCUACAGUGACACAGGCGGUGGCUACAGUGACACAGGCGGUGGCUACAGUAACAUGGGCGGUGGCUACGGUGACAUGAGCGGCAGCUACAGUGUCAUAAAAUUUGGCAGACACUAUGUUUUUCUAAAUAUAUGACCCUUUUGAUCAUCUUUUUGCCCCUUUUUAAAAGUGCUCACUUUUUUUUGUAAUUGGUUCAAAAUUAGUAUUCAAAUAAAAACUCCUAAAAUGAAACUGUUUGACCAAGAAAUAACUUGAGGAGUUUCAGCUAUAAAGGGAUCACCAAGCCAACAAGCUUUAACCUUUUCAAGGACACCCACCUGAACUUCACCUGCUCUAUCAGUCAACCUCUUUAGGACUUCCAUACAUACUGAUUGAAAAGACUCCUUGAUUAUACAUGUUAGCAUAGCAAAGUUAUCCUCAAGCAAGCUCACCACUUUUAGUAGUACAUCCCUCUUAUCAGCGUUCUGUUUGAACUGCAUCAUAGAGAAAAUACAAGUGUAGACUGCUCGUUGAACAACCUGAAUAGUAGUGUCCAGAUUCACACUGAUUCCACCCAUCUGGUAUUCUCUGAAAUAAGUCUAAAAUCAUCAUCAUGAUUCUUAAAAUUGAUAACAGUACCAAACUCAUUUAGUGCUUGAAUUUUUCCUUCAACAAUGCUAACAUGAGCGAACUCAUCGGACCAUUUCAAUCCAGAAUAAGAAGAGUCCCAAAUUGUAGAAAGUACCAAAUUGUGCACCCCUUUACGGCCAUCCCUGACUUGACAUCUGCGUGAUUAAAAAUUGGUCCUCCAAUCGCACUAGUCUGUAGAUCAUCUUUCACCAAUUUCUUUGCCAAGGCACUCAGGACUAAGACAACCCCUUCACCCACAGGAACUUGGUCCUGACUUUCAACAUGAGCAUCACUCUUCUCUCUCCAUCUUCUAAUAGUAAUUUUGUGAACAUUGUCACCCAUUUCCCACUCCUCAUCUCUUUUCCAGAAUAUCCUGACCCAAUUACCAGCAAUAGCCAUAUGAAGCAGGUGGUCAAAACCUGCAGCUCCCUCUGGAAUAGGUAUACAAAUUGCUGGCAGCCAUCUAACAUCAUCGCAAACGAUUAUGGCAUCUCGUAAGAGACCAGGAAAGAGAUCCUUGACAAGCAUCAGAUACACAGCAGCUUCAACAUCCAUAGUAUAUCCAAUAUAUUCCUUAUAAUUCUCAGUAAUUCCUUCCCCCAAUCCAUUUUGAUUAUACAUCAUAGAAGUAACACCCUCAAACCUGAAGCUAUCAAACCUUUCCAGCCCCUGCAAAGUAAUGUUUGAUGAAUGACGGUACACCAUAUCCAUUAGAACACCCAAUUCAUGAACUGUACAAAUAGGUUAUUUAAAUUCUUCAGGGUUUCAGUCUAAUGCACUGGCAAACCUUUUCGAGACUGGCUCUCUUUAUCCUCUCCUGUGUCAUUGCUGAUCAAUUCCGAGGUAGCAGCAGUGUGCCCUAGAUGACUACUGUCCUGACUCCUGAGGGUAAGGCAUGUCAACUUCACCCAUUGACCUAUGAUUGACAGUAACUCCAUUUACACUAGGGGCACCCAUAACACCCACCGACAGCAGCUUUGUCUCCAGACUAGAAUUAUCAGCUUCUCUAGUGAAAUUUUUUGCCCUAGAUUGGCGAGCCUCUGGACAUCCUCAGCACUGUUAGGAACCAACUGCUUCUAUAUUUUCUUUGGGGAACACUUACUAUCACACAAUCACAAUUAUUUACUAUAAUUCUAUUAUUAUAAUAAUAAUAAUUUCUGCCCAUGUUCCUAAUAAUUUCUGCAAGUUUUCUAUUUCUGAAUUUACGAAUAGCAGAAACUACAAAACAUUACAGCAAUGGUACAAUAAUAGUCAUCAAGCUUCAACUAAGCCCCCCAUUGUCAUGACAAAAAGAUGUUGCUCAAGCGCAAAGAGAUGUGAAUACCUGAGUGAAUUUUGUUUAGUUGUAGCGGGACAUACUCCAAAACUAAACAUCGUCCAAUACCGGUUGAAUGACCAAUCAAUGCCACAAUGUUUUGAUGACGGCAUUGGGCGAGAAACAUUUUCUCAACCUUCAAAAUUUGGAAAAAAAGUGAGAUAUAAUGAACAAAAAGACACUUAUUGUGAUAUAUUUGUUAUUUUCAGAUUAUUACCUCAUAUUGGCCUAAAUCACUGUGUGGCUUGUAGCAUUUUAUUGCUACUGAUAGACCAUCAAACUGAUAUGGAAUGUGUUGAGACUCUUCUGCAUCCGUGUCCAACUCUAGUGAAUUAGUGAUAUUUCCCCAUUGUAUACUAAUGCAAAAGAUCCCUCACAUAUGACUUUGGAUUCAUCAAAACCAUUUGUAAAUCUUUGAAUUUCGUUUUCUGUGAAACAGAUUGGCUCUGAACUGAGGCUGGAGCAGAUAUUGUGCUGACAGAUUUAAUGAACACACUAUAUUAGUCAAAAGACAUCAACAACAAUAGUCUUUUGGUAAAGGUUGGUUUGGGAGGUCAUCUCUUGUCAUAAACGUAGUCAAAUAUUUUGUUUGGAUGUACAUAAGCUAAUACAUUCGACCCCCUUACCCCACCGUCGGUGGGAACAGUUGCGGCACUGGGGUAAUGUUGUGUGUGUGUUGUGUAUGUGUACAUAAGCUAAUAUGUCACAUUUGUAUCUGGAUUUCGCUUCUGAAAAUGGAAUCUGGGCGACAGCAGCUAUUUAGUAUGGGUAGUACCGGGUUCCAUCAUUGAAGUUUUUUAUUACUCCCUCAUGUUUUACUUUAUUAAUAUAGUAUAGUAAUAUAACAGUAGUAUACUGUAGUAAUAAAAAAACAGUAACACAUACAUAAUAGUGAUAACUACUGUAUUACUUUGUAUAAACUAAGAGUACGGAUCUGGUGCGGACUGCCUGAGGGCGGUUCCCAUGCAGAUCGCCUGAGUAGAUCAUUCCUCUAUAAAUUAAUAUAGCUAAAUACUUAUGUAGCAAUAUAACCAUUCGAUACAAAUAGUAAUAAAGAUAACUUAUAUAUAAGUAUCACUAUUAUAACUAAUAAUAAUACUUAUAACUAGUUAUAUCUUAAAAUAUCAAUGUGAUCAUAUUAAGUUUAAAAUAUCAAGAAUUUCUCCAUAUACUUACCUUGUAGCAGCUUUUCCCCCCAAUUUCUUCGUGCACCAUUUUCCCUUUUCCUUUUCCCUUCAUCUUCAGUGAACCCUACUCUCUUCUUUCUUCUGGGCUGAAGCAAAAUAAGUGAUGAAUGAUUUGUAGUCGAUAGAAAUAAAGCUAGUAUGUCCAUAGUUUUGUGAAUGUUAGGAUAUAAAAUUUUCCAAUAAGGAAUAUAUGAAGCUUCACAUGUGUUUCAGUAAAUAGUUAAAUUGUUUUCUAUAAGAUUUGAAAAUGUUUCACUAUCUGUGUCUAUUUAAUUAACACCAUUUAUAAGGAAAUGUAGAGAACAAAUACAGAGUGCACUUAACAAGCCAAGCCUGCAUUUUGUUUAUGCUUGCUGCUUUUGUAAUGUGUUCCCUGCAUUUACCCUAAACUAAUUUGAUGAACAUAUUAAUACCUAGGCUAAAAGGUCUGUCUAUGCCAUUAUAUACUUUCAGCACUUAUAAACUCUUUUAUAUUAAUUCGAGUAUACAUGCUUUUGGUUUGUCUCUAAUUCUAAUAGACAAAAUAUUCAUUUGAUUUGAACUAUGUGAGCAUGAAUUAAUAGAUAUCUGCUAUUUUUUAAUAAGGAAAAAUUGAUAGUAAUAAUCCCAACUAUUGGUGGUCCGCUCAUAAUAAUCCCAACUAUUAAUUAUUACAGAAUAAUCCCAACUUUAGGGACCUUCCGCCAAUAAUGGUCCCUAUGAAUAAAUUCUUGUAGUUUCUAAAGUGGAUGAGAUAAGAUAUAAUAAGUAAUCCCUAUAAAUUAUCUCAACUUUUAAUUUCUACGCUUAAUUUCUAUUUAAAAUUCACUUUUUAUAGAGGUAAUAUAUGGUCAUGGACCAUUAUUGGCGGAUAGUCUAUAUAGUUGGGAUUAUACAAAAAUAAUCAAUAGUUGGGAUUAUUUUCAGCGGACCAGCAAUAGUUGGGAUUAUUAUUUUCAAUUUUUCCUUUUAAUAAUUUAACUGAAAACAAUAUCUAUUUGCUUGAAUGAGGUAUUUUUGAGUGCAUGUUAUAUGUCCUUGAGACAGCAGUUGCACUAUUUCCAAUAGGGAAUAAAGAGUGCAAUGUGUAGCGUACUUGAACCGUUCAUACAUUUGUUAUCAAGAAAUAUGUGUAUAUAAAACUAUUUUCUAUAGGUUGUUUAUUAAUUGUGUUUUGGAUUUGGUGUCACUUUAAGUUCAUAACAAUAUUCUGUAUAUAAAUCGCUAUAGAAAAUACUAGUUACAGGUUUUGCUUAAUUAUAUAUAUUGGACCUUGGUGUGAUAUCAUGUAGAAUAUAUUACCGACUAAGGUAUUGGUCUGGAACCUAAAGUUAGGAGGUGAAGCUUUGAUUCAUAUCAGAGUACAAGUAUACAAGCAUCUGCAAUUUGUUUUGUUUUUUGUUUUUAUUAUUUACGAGAAAGCUUCUAUUAUUUGAUUUAUUUCGUAGUUCUAUUAUAAAUUGUGCUUUCAUUAUCAUUAUCAUUAUUCAAUAAAUUAUGCUUCGUAUUAGAUUGGGUAGAUAUUUCAAACAAAUGGCUAAUAUAGUGUUUAGUUUUACCGGUGUCAUUGUAAAAAAGCAGUUCGUAUUGGAAAUAAACUUUUACUAUUUUCACAAGUUCGGACUUCGGAAUACAAUUGCACGUUUCUUCUUUUUGUGUUCUUUUUGUUUACUUUAUACAACUUUCAGUUAUUUCUAAGGCUUAGCCAUUUGUUUCAUAUAGUUAAAAGUAUUUUACGCUAUUAUUUUUAGUGUAAAUAAUUUGCAGUUUAUUCUAUAUUAUUAAAAUCAGUUUGCAAACAAUGCGAGGGACUGUGGUUGUGUUACUUCGAGUUAUAAACAAUUUGCAAAACUUUCAAACUUUUCUAAUUUUUAUCCGGGUAUUGAGCCAGGCGUUUUUUCAAACACUCAACGUGCAUAAAUAAAACCACUUAAGAUUAAUGUUAUGUUACCCAAAACCAGCCAAGUGUUCUACACAUCUAUCACUAACAAUCAUAUUGUGACCUUUGUAUAUAUGUAGUAGUGCACUAGAAAAAAUAGAAGAAGAAUUAGGAAUUAUAAUACAAAGGGCCCAGAAUAAAAGAAAGUACAAAGGAAACUGGAAUACCCUUACUUCACUCUGAAGAUGUACAAACUACAAACUCCUCUGUAAGAGGUAAGUCGGAGGUUGCCUAACUGCUUUAUCAAUAUAAAUGUCCUGCAGAGGGGAUUAGUAGGUUGGGCGGAAAUAGAACUAAAGUAUGAAGGGGAUAAAACUAAGCACAAAAUAAGAGACACAAGAGCAAAUAGAAGAAUUCGUUGCUCACAAUGAAUCAUCAGGUUUACAUCAUUAUUAAUAGGAAUAAAAUAACAAACUACAAACUGAAAAAUAGGAUCAAUCUAGUUCAAUCCCUAUUUAUUAGCUUACGGGAAUCAGAAUUAAACUCAGACAUUUUAUUAAGUGAACAUCCCCCCUUAAUUCUGAUUCUGUAGAGACUUCAUUCCAAGUAACUUUCUCAACUUGACAAAUGCAUCAAUCUUCAAUGGUUUGGUGAAUAAAUCUGCAAUUUGAUCUUCACUUCUGCAAUAUUCCAGUCUAAUCGUAUUUUUAGCAACUUGAUCCCUCAAGAAAUGAUAGCGUAUGUCAAUAUGUUUGCUUCUUCCGUGAAAAAUUGGAUUUUUGGCCAAGUUGAUAGCAGAGAUGUUGUCAAUAUAUAUUGUAAUUGGACCUUGCUGCUGGAAAUUCAGUUGGCACAGUAUGUUGCUAAGCCAAAUUGCUUGACAUGCACUUGAUGCUGCAGCAAUAUAUUCUGCUUCACACGUAGAUAAGGCCACAACAGAUUGCUUCUUGGAGGACCACGAACAAACUGUGUUUCCAAGCAUGAAACAGGAACCACUGGUACUCUUCCUUUCAUCCAGGUCUCCUCCCCAAUCACUAUCAGAGAAACCAACAAGAGCAUUUUCCUUGGAUGAUGAGUAGAAUAAGCCAUAGUCACAAGUACCUUUAAUGUAGCGUAAGAUUCUUUUCACAACUUGUAAAUGUGACUCUCUCGGAGACUCCAUGUAGCGACUGACCAAUCCUACUGCAUAGCAAAUGUCAGGCCUUGUACAAGUGAGAUAUCGCAAGCUUCCAACAAUUUGCUUGAAAUACGUUGGAUCAACUAUCCGGUUAUCUCCUUCCUUGGUUAGUUUCAAACCAGUUUCAACAGGUGUUCUAACUGGGUUUGAGUCUUGCAUGCCAAACUUCUUUAACAACUCAGAAGCAUAUCUCUUCUGAUUGAUAAAAAUUCCAUCAUCCUUUUGAACCACCUCAAUGCCCAAAAAAUAAGACAUAAGCCCAAGAUCAGACAUGUCAAACUCCCUUGUCAUACAACUCUUGAAAUGUUCAAUCAUCUGGACAUUAUUUCCUGAAAAGAUAAUAUCAUCAACGUAAAGGCAUAAUAUGAGUAAGUCACCAGAUUUGUUAGCCUUCACAUAUAAGCCAUAAUCAGAAGGACACUUCUCAAAGCCAGUUUUUUGAAGAAACGAGUCAAUCUGUGUGUUCCAUGCUCGUGGUGCUUGUUUGAGACCGUACAAGGCCUUCUUAAGUUGAUCUGUUGAUAUACUUUCUCUUCCAUUCCAUGAAUUACGAAGCCAGGUGGUUGUUUGACAUAAACCUCCUCAUCAAGUGGACCAUUGAGGAAAGCGGACUUGACGUCCAUCUGGUGUAUCCUCCAUUGAUUUUGAGCAGCUAGAGCAAUCAGCAAUCUCACUGUUUCCAUUCUUGCUACAGGGGAAAAAAUCUCUUCAUAAUCAUAACCUUGUCUUUGCUCAAAACCCUUUGCCACCAAUCUGGCUUUGUAUCUUUCAACUUCGCCAUUAGGCUUCACCUUGACCUUGUAAACCCAUUUGACAUUUAUAGCUUUGUGGCCUCGUGGGAGGUUUGUAAGCUGCCAUGUCUUGUUUUUCUCAAUUGCUUUCAUCUCCUCCUUCAUGGCAUUGAUCCAAUUUGGAUCAUGAAUGGCAUCAUCAAACAUGACUGCUUCGGUAUCUGCUAAAAAAGCUAAAUGUACCAGCUCACCAUCAUCAUUAAUUUCAUUAUCAAGAUUUACCUCGUAAUCUUGCAAAUGUGCUGGUGUUUGCCUUAGCCGUCUUGGUCUUGAUGUUUCAGGUUCCUGAGCACUGUUUCUGACUUGACUUACAGGCUGUAUAUUAGUAGUAGCUUCAGUAUCAAGUUCAUCUAGAAUGUGAACUUCACGCCUUUGUGGUUCUGGACGUUCAUUCACACUCCAAUUCCAUGCCUCAUCUUCAGCAAAGGUUACAUCACGACUAAACCUUUUUUGUAUCCUUUAUUUUAGAUCCAUGAUCCUAUUUUUCAGUUUGUAGUUUGUUAUUUUAUUCCUAUUAAUAAUGACGUAAACCUGAUGAUUCAUUGUGAGCAACGAAUUCUUCUAUCUGCUCUUGUGUCUCUUAUUUUGUGCUUAGUUUUAUCCCCUUCAAAGUAACCCUCGAUAUCCCUUAUAAAAUGAGGAAAGAUUAUAGGUGUACUGAAUAUGCUUGGCAAAAAAGUAGAUCUGGACUUCCAACAAUCGACCCAGAAACAUUCUAAGUUGAAUUUUAACCCUUGACAUUUCCGAAUGAUUUACAAUUAGAACAUUUUUUUUCAAGCGCUUACCUUUAAAUUUUUGUUCAGGUGUGGCUCUGUGUGACUUGAAAGCUGAGAGCAAUGCUUGAAUUGAUAGUUUUACUGUGUAAAUAUUUAAAGCUCCUUCCGUUCUUUUUAUUUGUUGUGCUAUAUUUUCUCACAUGCUACUUGUUUUCCGAAUUUGGUAUAAUUAAUUUUUAAGAAAUUGCCCUAAGUAGGGGUAAAAAUAUUUUGGAAUUAGAAAAUAGGAGUACAACAUUUUAAAGAUGUUUUUGAUUGAACUUAUUUCUAUCUUAGAGUAGAUCAAAUCAGAUCAUACCAGACUGUAACAGAUCAAAUCAUACUUUAAAGGAUCAAAUCUGACUUUAGGGAUUGUAAAAAUAUCUUGGAAUUACAAAGUAGGAGUACAAAAAUUUAAAAUUGUUUAUAAUUGGACAUAUUUCUAUCCUAGACUAGACCAAAUCAGACCAUACCAAACUUUAACAGAUCAGACCAUACUUUAAAGGAUCAGAUUUGACUUUUGGGAUUGUAAAAUAAACAGCGACCAAGGAUUAACCUAACCAAUUUAGACCAGAUUAGACUUGAAUAGACCCAAAAAAAAUUAGUUCAUUUAAAAACACCCUUAUUCCCUAAAUAGUAGUGUUUCUAUCCAUUAGGCCAAUAUAUUUAAAGGCGAAAUAGAUACAAAUAAUCCCUACUUUUACCAAUCAAACAAAAAUAAUCCCUACUUCAAAUAUUUAUACAAUUAAUCCAAAUCUCGAUUUCAAGUGUUAGAAACAGACUAAGGGGGUGUUUGGAUCUGAUUCUCAAAACUGAUUCUGCUCCUUCAGGAAGCAGAAGCAGAAGCUGAAGUGUUUGGGUGAAAUUACAGAAGCACUUCUGAAGCUCUAAUUUACUCAGAAUCAGUUUUUUUAGAAGCUGGGAGGUACCAUCUUCUGAAAACUGAUUCUGAUUCUGCUUCUGCUUUUAAAAAAGAAGCAGAAGCAGAAUCAGUUCCAAACACCCCCUAAAUGAUAUGGAAGUCAUUUUCGUCUGGACCGCCGUUCCCUUACAUAAUCGAUAAGGCUGAGCAGAGGGUUUAAAUUCAAUUCUUCUCAAUCUCCAUCUUCUUUUAUUUAAAUCUUAUCUACCAUUGAUUAUUUUUAUAAAGAAAUAGUGGCACAAUUACGUUUACUUUUUGGUGUUUUGAUUUUCUUUGUCAAAUGCUAAUGAAAUUUGAUCAAUGUUUUCGUAUUACAAGAAAGAGAAAGCAAUGCAUUAGUUUGGAAAAAAUUUGAAAAAUAAAUUUAUUAGUUUAAACCACUGCACAUCUUCUUUCCUAUCAUAUUUCUUGAGAAGGGAAAACUAUCAAAUAAGCCCCGUACUAUAUUUUCCACCCCAUCAUAUCCACCAUUUGAAAGUUAUAUGGCUUCAUCAUUAUCUUUUUGAAAGAAAGCCGGGGAAAUAAACCUCUAGAUUGUAUCAGUUAACUGCAAACAUAAAUGAGAACUUUGAGGGAGUCUACCACAACAUCCAUAUAGAAAGACAUCAAUAUAUGGACCAAAUUAAUCUUAGUAGAUGAGUAGUGGUAGAGGGGUCUAAGUUAGAACUUAGAACUUCACCAUAUUGUCCCAAUUGACACGGCCCUUGCUCGCAUUCACUUCCGGAUGAAUUGGAACCUUUAACAGAACACGGUUUAUUGGCCAGGGUUUCGAUGAAAGCAUAAACACUAUAUAUCUUUAAAAGGAAUUCCGGGUAUCGGUCUCUUGACCACCAUUUGGUACAUAACUGGAUCAGGAUUUCCCUAGAUGAAGGACCUUCCAAGUCUUAAGCAAUGUAAGAGUAAACAAUUACUCCCUCUGGUACUUUUUAAACUUCAGUGUUUGACUUCACAGUUAUUAAGGAAAUAAAGUUGACUUUACUGUAGAGUACCCUGUUGAGACACUGUUUGGCACUGUUGAGACACUGUUUUGCACUGUUGAGACACUGUUUGGCACUGUUUAACACUGUUUAACACUGUUUUGAUGUAGAUUUCUUUGCCAUUUAAGGAAAUAAGGAAGUGUGAAGUUUAUUUUGGACCGUCCCAAAAAGGAAAGUGUGAAGUUUAUUUAGAACCGGAGGGAGUAUUAAUCAGUUAAGAGGCUGAGAACCCUCCCGUACUAAGUUAUUAACAAGUGCAGGUGUAUGGUUCAGUGUUUGAUGUGCAUGCUUAUGGUUAUAUAAUGCUGAGCUUGAUAUCCAAGAGACUCACUACAAUAGAGGGCCUUACGAAUGAGGAGCCCCAUGGGUCUGAAUGGGCAUUUGAAGAUUGUGAGAAACAAAUAUGCAAGGAAGGCAGUUGCUCGAUCACUUGUGGAUGUCAGCCUGAAGACGCAUGAUGGAGUUCAACUACAAAGUUGGGGUUGGAGUGUAUAGAAGUCAAAGGGGUUUAAACGUCCUUCAAUGAAGCAAGUUGUGAAGUCUCUACUCAACUUGCGUAUCAUACGCACUCGUUAAUAGGAACUGGGAAUCAAGCAGAAGCAGCAUCAGAGGCAUUAGUGGUGAUUUUAGGUGACAUCUUAAGUGUCUCGAGUAGUGAAGCUUUAGUUUCAGACUGUUUUAUUAAUUAGUUUUAAACUAAAUACUCUUCCAAGCCAUACAAAUUGCAGAUAGGUUAUUAAUCUGUCCUGCUCGUUAUGGUGUCUUAUUCUUUGCCUGUUUGCUUUAUUGUAUAUUCAAGAUGAGUUUUAGUUUCAUAAUUGAUCUCCUAGUGUUUUUCUAGUGCUCUCCUAGAUAGCAUAAAUUGUACAUUCGAGUUGAUCUGUUGAUUGCUCUCCUAGUGCUUUUCUUUCUUUGAA